AUGGUCUCCACGCGACAUCAUCCUCGCGACUUUCCCUCGCCGGAGAAAGCUGCCAAAGAGCUCGUCAAGUCGUCCCCUGCGCCGACCACCAACGGCACUGCGCGCAAAUGGGUUCAUACCCCAUCUGCCGCGCUAACGAUCUGGCUUGUUGUCUCGAUACCCCUAGUCAUAUGGGAUGCGGGCUAUGUACUCUUGCGACCUCAUAGUAUGCCUGGUGGUCGCCUGCACUCCCCCAUCUGGACCCCCUAUGCGCUAUACGGAACCGUCGACUACAUUUAUGGUUGGCCCGCAUACAAUGCGCGUAAUGGUUUCACUGCCGCGCAAACCAUUUUGAACGUGGUCGAGACGUUGGGUUACUUGUAUUACCUGUGGAUUGUGUACCGACACGGUGCCACGGUCGUCACUGGUCGCGGCGGCAAGAAGCUCAAGAAGGGCUUCGUGUGGCUUUUGACUGGUGAAAAGGUGGUUGCUGGACGGACAGGCGCGAUCGCGCUCCUGGUUGCGUUCACUACGUCGGUAAUGACUCUGAGCAAGACCAUCCUCUAUUGGCUGAAUGAGCUCUUCUCGGGCUUUGAUAAUAUUGGCCAUAACAGUCCUGCCUCUCUUAUUCUUCUAUGGAUCAUUCCCAACGGUCUCUGGAUUGUGUUCCCUGCCUAUAACAUUUAUAUUCUUGGUGAAGAAAUCCUGAACUCCCUGGAGCAGGUCCCACCGCGCCGGCCAGGCCGCCCGAAGUCCUCAUGA